AUGGAAGACUGUUGGACCUUGUAUGUUGACGGAUCAUCGAAUCAAAACUGGAGCAUGGCUGGAUUGACCUUAACCAGCCUAGAAGAAGUGUUAUGGGCUUAUCGUACGACUCCUCGGACCGCCACAGGAAAAAGCCCAUUUAGCAUGACGUUCGGAUCUGAGGCGGUCAUACCCGUAGAGAUCGGAAUCCCAAGUCCCAGGGUGGAAACAUUUGAAGUGGAGAAAAAUACAAAAGGUCUGAGGUGUAACCAUGAUCUAAUCGUGAAGCAUAGAGAGCGGGCAAGGAUCAGGAUGGCUGCAUAUCAACAAAGGGUGGCCAAGUAUUACAAUAGUCGUGUUCGGUCACGCUACUAUCGACCGGGAGAGUUGGUCCUCAGGAAAGCUCAGUUCAACUACCAGGAAAGGCACAACAAGUUAUCUCCAAAUUGGGAUGACCCUUACCGUGUCCGAGCAGCGGUGAAGGAAGGCACUUAUAAGUUGGAGGACUUAGACGGAAAGCCUAUACCAAGGUCCUGA